AUGAGCUACAAUUCGAAGAGCUGCAUUGCCUGUUUCAGUAAUGAAAAAGUAACUGAAUACAAAAUGCGUAACGAACAUUUAAUCUCCCUUUUUCAGACAAAUACGCUUAAAUUAUGUUAUAUAUGCAAAAAACGUGCAAGGAAUAUGGAGUCUUUCAUCCAAAUCGUCAGGAGCAAUCAAAUUUUAAUACAGAACAUUCUCGAUAUGCCAGAUAGCAGUAUAAAGUUGAAGCCACAGCCAGUUUUGCAAAUGCAGACGAAGAUGCUAUACCCAGAAAUCCCAGAUACUACAGACACUUCUAAAACUAAAGAAAUUUGUUAUCUACUAGAUAAUAUAGAUGAUGUAUUAAAAGUUGAAAGAGAUGAUGAAACAAACAUGGCUACAGAUUUUCACGAUGACCCAGACUUUGAUAUGCCACUGGUUAAAAAAGAAGCAAAUGUUGAUUUAAAACUAGAAGAGGAUGAUAUUAGGUAUUUAGAAAAUAAAAAUGGCACUAACAAUUUAGAAGCGGAAGUCGCACAAGAGGGUAUUAUAGACAUACAGUCCUCUGGAAAUUCACCAAUUUUUUCAGAAGAGUUGUUUGUCAAGAGAAAAAAGACUGCCAAGAAAAAGAAGAAGAAAAAAACAAAUGAUUUGGAUCUAACUUACAUAGAAGUAGUGGACAUUUCAAGAGAAGAAUGCAUGAAAGAGAGAGAGGAGAAUGCAACAAAAAGUCUUUAUUUAACAGCUCAAUACAAAUGUACGGAUUGUGUUAAGGGAUUUAUGUAUAAAGAGGUCUUUAAUAAGCAUAUGACAUUGCACCUUGAGAGUAGCGGGCAGUAUGAAUGUGAUAUUUGCAAACAAAGGAUGAAGACUGAGGAGAAAUUCCAGAAGCACCUGAAGGUUCACAAAGUCCGAUACAAAUGCAAAGAAUGCGGGGUCGUUAGAUUGUAUCGCGGAACGAUUCAAGACCACUACGAUCAAGUACAUUUGUUGACGCACCUCAUCUACAGCUGCGCGGAGUGUCCGAAGAAGUUCAAGACAAGAAAAGCACUCCGCAAGCAUAAGAGCUACGCGCACAAAUCGAACCGGGUCACAUGCGACUAUUGUAAUAAAACCUAUGUGAACAGGGACUAUCUCCGGAGACACAUCUUGUUAAAGCACUCAGAUGAUAAGUCCUUCGAGAGACGACAAGAAGACCUGAAGACCCAUCUCUGUGGUGACUGCGGGAAGGCUUUUACGGCCCCGUCCUACCUCAAGAACCACAUGGUCAAACACGUCAAGGAAGGCAGCUACUACUGUGUUGAAUGUAAUAAAAACUUCAAAACGGAAAUGUCCUUGAAUCAACAUCUGAGAUUGGCUUUACCGCACGUACGAUAUACUGAUUUACCUCUUCAGUGUGAUCACUGUGAUAAACGUUUUGGUGUGAAGCGAAAUCUCGCGCGACAUAUAAACAGAAUCCACCUCAAUAACAAACCCUACCAGUGCGACAGAUGCGAAAAGGCUUAUCUAGAUCAGUGGUCUCUGCAAAGCCAUAUACGUUACACCCACGAAGGUCAUACGAAGGUGAGGAAAUAUCCUUGCACCUUUUGCGAUAAGGUUUUUAAGACAAGUAGCACAUGCAAAAUGCACAUACGUACUCACACGGGGGAGCGGCCUUACAAAUGUAAGGAGUGUCCCGCGGCUUUCUCCCAAGCGGGGAUACUAAGCACACAUGUGAAAUUGGUCCACCUGAAACUCACGAGGGACGGAAAGCCUAAGACCAUUACAACGGAGAGAUCUCGAUACGAUUAUAAUUAA